CUCAAGAAUCCAAUCUGCAGCCCCCACCCAACUUCCCCGCUCCUUCCUUCUUUCUUUUGGUCUUUCUCGGCCGUAUCGGACCUCUAAUUCCAAACAGAAACCCUAUGGCUGAAACUCCAUCCCAGACGCCGCCGCCGCCGCGAUCUGCGUCAGAGGCCGAGACGGAGACUAUGGAGUACUGGUGCUACCACUGCAACAAACGCGUCUCCAUUGAAACCGUGGCGAAUCUCCCGGAUAUCGUCUGCCACGAGUGCAAGAACGGUUUCGUCGAAUCCAUCCCGGCCGCCUCGUAUCCGCAGUGGGAUCCUCCUUCCCGAUCGUCCGAUCAGGUCGACGACCCGACUCUAGGCUCUCCAUUUCUCCAGGUGCUGCGGCUAAUCGCUCAGGCGUCGCGUGAGGAGGGUGAGCCCCCGUCGCUGCCUCAAAACCCCUUGCCUGAUGACGAUUUCUUCAGGAUUGAGAUGGACGGGUGGGACAACGACGAGGACGAGGACGAAGAUGAGCACAGUGUCGAGUUUCGCAACCACGACGGCGAGGGUAACGAAGAAGCCGGACAGGAAGUAGAGGAGGAGGAGGAAGAGGAAGAAGAUAGAUCGGAUAACGAGGAUGGAGACGAAGAGAACCAGGAAGAUGAGCAAGAGAGAGACGAAGAAGACAUGCGACGACGUCGUCGCGACGUGCUUCGUCUCCGCAUCCGAGACAUUGCGACCCAAGCGAGCAGCGGGAGGAACCGGAUUCUAGAUUGGGCCGAGAUUUUGAUGGGGCUGGAGGACAACUCGAUCGAAUUCCGGCUCGAAAUGCCCGAAUCGGACCGGUACAUGGGCAAUCCUGAGGAUUACGUGGAUGCAGCCGGCUAUGAGGCUUUGCUGCAGAACUUGGCUGAGAGCGAUACUUCUGGAAGGAGAGGGGCUCCACCGGCGUCGAAGAAUGCCGUUUCGGAGUUACCGUCGGCCAAGAUUGCCUCAGAGGAUGAGGCCGUGGUGUGCGCCAUAUGCAAGGAUAUGGUGAAUGUUGGUGAAAUAUCGAAGAAGCUGCCAUGUGGGCAUGGUUACCAUGGCGAUUGCAUUGUUCCUUGGCUGAGUUCCAGGAAUACUUGCCCGGUUUGCCGGUUUGAGCUGCCAACCGAUGAUCCAGAAUACGAGGAGGAGAGGAAGAAGCGAGCUGUGACUGUUAGUGCCGCUGGAGCUUCCAGUUCUGGCGGAGAUGAUUCAAUCUCUCAUUGAUUGAAAUCGGUAUCACCAUUUCUGCAAUUCUCAUACCUCCUUCAUUCCUCUCAUUUCCUUGUUGCAUUUGUAAUUGAUUUAUAUGCUUUUGUUUGCUUAUUAUUAGCUUAGUAGUUGAUUCGAAGAAGAAAUUGAAAUCUGUUUUCAUGUUUUUCCAUUUUCUUCUGGAUGUAAAUAAUAAUUUGAACUCAAAUUUCUGUUGGUGUUUGCUCGUGCUUGA